AUGGAUCAUAUAUUUACUCUAACACAACUGCUUGAGCGAGUGAAUGAAUACAAGCUGCCUCUUUGCGUUGCGUUUGUAGACUAUAAGAAGGCCUUCGAUAGCGUCGAAACCAACGCAGUGCUAAACUCGCUGCAGAAGCAAGGAGUCGAGGCGCAAUAUGUGCAACUGCUCAGGGAAGCAAAUUCCGGAUGCACCACCGACAUAGUUCUGCUGUCAUCACCCGUACGAGUGCCGAUCGAGAAGGGAGUGAAGCAAGGAGACGCGAUCUCUUCAAAACUUUUCACCGCAUGUCUCGAGCAGAUCAUCAGAGGCAUCGACUGGCAAGGUUGUGUCAAUGGAGCUACUCACCCACCUCCGUUUCGCUGA